GUCCAGCUCGCAUGAAACAACCAUUUCAGCAGAAUUUUCAAACGCAACACUUAGUGCGCCCUCGACAGUAAACCAACCGUGCAAGCGUUCUGUACCAUCCUGCACGAAUCCAUCCCCCUAUCCCCGAUCGAUCUCGCUAUCAUAUACUCGCACCCUGAUUCGUAGUUUCCACUUCUCUCGUUUUGCUAAGGCUAAUCUACCAUGCCGAGAUUCGGUAGCUCUUCCGUCUUCUUUCUCACUCUUCUCUUUCUCGCUCUCGCCAUCUCUGAGUGCCGAUUGUUUUCUACCGAGAACUCAGAUCUGAUCUCUGAUGGCGCCUCUUCCUCUUCUUCUUGGUCUUCUCUGCUGGUUUUGAAGGGGAAAUCUGCGACCUCUGAAACUUGUGAGCAAACUUAUGGCUUCCUUCCCUGUACUUCUACAGUGCUUGGAAACCUGUUUCUUGUGAUCGUGUAUGGCUACCUCAUGUUUUUGGGAGCUACUUAUCUCUCUACUGGAAGUGAGCUUCUUCUUGAGGUGCUUGGCCCUGGUAUUGUUGGUGGCCUCUUUCUGCCAAUUCUCGGUGCUCUUCCUGAUGCCAUCCUUAUUCUAGUAUCUGGGCUCUCAGGAAGUACAGAAACUGCUCAGAAGCAAGUGUUGAUUGGAAUGGGCUUGCUUUCCGGCUCGACAGUCAUGUUAUUGACACUAUUGUGGGGUUCUUGUAUUGUUUUGGGGAAAUGUGAUCUUUCAGAAAGAUCGACAGCAAUUGAUCAACAAGAUACAAAACGAUUUAGCCUUAUCGGAUCUGGUAUUACCACUGACCGUUCAACUAGUAUGGCUGCUAGGAUUAUGGUUCUAUCAAUAAUCCCGUUCAUUAUUGUGCAAUUACCAACAAUUUUGCAUUCAACUUCAUGGAAACGUGUAGCAAUUUUGGUUUCCCUUGUUGUUGCAGUUUUAUUGCUCAUUUCAUAUUGCCUGUAUCAGGUUUUUGAGCCUUGGAUACAAAAGCGAAGGUUUGCAUAUGCAAAACAUAAACAUAUAAUAUCAGGAAUUCUGAAGUCUUUGCAGAAACAUGCCCUUGGAAGGCUCUUUGAUGCUGAUGGGCAACCAAAUAUUGCUGCUAUUCAUAAACUCUUUCAUGUUAUUGAUCAGGAUAAAAAUGGAAAAAUAUCUUGUAGUGAACUUCAGGCUUUCAUCAUCGGGAUUCAAUUAGAGAACAUAAAUUUGGAUGAGGAAGUUGAUGUCGCAAACGUUAUGGCUGAUUUUGAUAUCUCUUAUGAUAGUAAUAUUGACCUUCCUGAGUUUGUCAGGGGAAUAACGAAAUGGCUUUAUGAGGCCAAGAAUGUUGUUGAUCAUCCUGGUCAUUACUCAUCAAAGUUCACAUCAGACUUUCAUUUGAAAACAAAGGAAGAGCUUGACCGACUGGAUAAUGAGAGUGAUGAGAUUGUAGAGGGUAUUGAAAAUGCCCGGACAGUUUGCUUGAAAGCAGUGUUUUUGUUACUUUGUGGGACUGUUAUUGCAGCUGUUUUUGCGGAUCCUCUUGUAGAUGCUGUUAGCAAUUUUUCUACUGCAACAAGUAUUCCUUCAUUCUUUAUAUCCUUCAUCGCAAUGCCUUUGGCAACAAACUCUAGCGAAGCUGUCUCGGCUCUUAUUUUUGCCAGUCGUAAAAAGCAAAGAACUGCAUCUUUAACAUUCUCCGAGAUAUACGGUGCAGUGACGAUGAACAAUAUCCUAUGUUUGGCAGUCUUCCUAGCCCUCGUUUAUGUACGGCACUUGACGUGGGAUUUCUCAGCUGAGGUGCUUGUUAUCCUUGUAGUAGUCCUUAUUAUGGGACUUGUUGGCAGCUUCCGCACUACAUUUCCUCUUUGGGCAUGUUUCAUAGCAUACGCGCUGUACCCUCUAUCCUUGUUACUGGUCUAUCUCCUUGACUACCAAUUUGGUUGGUCAUAGAAUGGAAGGGCAAGGGAAAUCGUAUACCACUUGAGAGCUUCUUAGUGAAGAGCAAACAAUAUGAAGGCCUUUUUUUUUCUGAACUCUUGUGAUUGGAAAUCUUAUAUUGUUAUGUCCUAUAUGCUUUGUGCUAAACUCAAUGUCGUUGCGUUGUUUUGGGAGCUUUGGAUCCUCAAAACUUAUGGUGGAUGAUUUGUGCUAA